AUGUUGUAUUUAUUUUUUAGCAUAUUUAAAUUUAUACAAACAAGUAACAUUUUAGAUGAUGAAAUGAUAAAAAAUAAUAUAAAAAAACAAAUUGUUUCUAUAGUUGAACAAAAAAUUUAUAAAAACGAUUUUAUUACUUUUGAAGAUGCUGCCAAAGAGAUGCAUGCUUAUGUUGUAAGAGAAACCAACGAUCUUAUUAAAAUCAAUAUAUGUCAUGUUUUAUCUUCAUGCAUAAAUGAUUAUUUUUUUUAUGUUGUUGAUGAAUAUAGCUUAACUGAUCAGAAUUUAUUUACCAUUUUUUUAUUUUUUAAGAGCUUUGGGGUCGAUAAAAUAUAUUUAAAUACUAGCAUUUACGAUUAUUUUGCUUUUUCGUGUGAAAGCGAAUGUGAAGCAUUAUGUGAUUUAUUGAAUCAGCUAUCUUUUAAAUCUAAAGGUCCAUAUUUUUUUUAUGUCGACUAUUUUAAUGAUUUUGAACAUUUUCAUAGUAAUAAACGAUGUAAUAAUUCUAAUUGUCAACAUUCUGCAAAGUACCAUCAAGAUUAUAAAUUUUUUGAUUUACGUUUAUCUAUCGAUCACAAAACGGGAUUUAUGUUUUAUAUUAAUUUAGACGACUUUGAUUUUUCCUUAUUAUAUAAAAAAAAGAUUGAACUACAGUUUAAAGAGGACUGGCAAACAAUAUACGAUUUUUUAAAUAACUUUAACUUAAAUCAAUCUUAUAAUUUUUUUGAUAUACCUUUGGGAUUGUUUAAAAGUUUCUAUACGUCUGAAAGUAGCAAAAAAAUUCCUAGCAUGUCAUUUUUACCAAGUUUUUUUGAAAUUUACGGCAAAAAAGUUGUUUUUGAUCAAAAGUUUGUUUACGAGAUUGAAUCAAAUUCUUUAAAUGGUUUUAAAAUUAAUAUAGAAAUUUAUAAAAAUUUACAAAAAUUAGUAAAUUUUAUUCCUUCAAUUAAUUUUGUAGAUGCUAGUUAUAUAGUUUUUACUAUUUUUUCUCUUUCAGAUAAACAAAUUUACAGCUUACUUAUGAGAAGAUUACUUAAUUCUAAGUUAUCAGCUAAAAAAAUAUUAUUUUUGGAACUAUUAUCUUAUUUAAAAAUCAUUAAAAGAUCAGAUAUUAAUUGGGUCUUGGCUUAUAACACAGACAUGACACAAAGUUUAAUUUGUGAUAUUUUUAAUACUUUUUUUGUUGACAAAAUUGUAAAAUCUAUUGUAGGAGUUAAGUUUAAAAACAGAACAGGUGUAUAUUACAUUUAUGUAUACAUUAUUCUUUAUUAUGAGUUAGAAGAUUAUAUACAUGAAUGUGAGCUGAAUGAAGAACUUAGUUGCAAAUUACUUAAAGAUUUUAGAGAAAUACUUAAAGUUAAAGAAUUUAAAAAAUUUUUAAAUAGUUAUCAAACUACGGCAUUUAAGAUAGCUGCUUUAUUUUUUGAAUUAAUGACUAAACUGAAAUUUUUAGACAAUUCAGAACAAAACCUUUUGAAUGAGUUUUAUCAUUUUACACGGGUAGUCAUAAAUAAAAUACAGAAUAAUGCUAUUGUUUUAGACAAUUUUUUACAAAAUAAAGUUUAUUAA